GCUAACCCGUCUAACUGAAUUGCCACAACGGCCUAGAAUAAACCGUAUGGUCAGGCACCAUUGCCCGCGUGUCGACUGUUGAAGAGUAAUCAAUAAACAGGUCGGGCCGACCUAGCCAGCCAGACCUCGGCAAUUCGUCGUCCCCUCAGUCGCAACACUCACACAGGCGGUCCGCGGUAGAAAUCACCUGGCUGUCUCACACUCUCACUACAUAUACUGCACUCUGAUCGUGUUGUGGCUGUUUUUGUCUCUUCUGCGAGCGUGUCUUUUACAUUCUCUCUUUCCACUCAACUGCACUAACCUCCUGAUCUGUCCACUCGUUCUGUGAACUACUCGCAAGUAUGGGCUUCGACACUGCUUUGACCAGGGCGCUGGGGAUCCGAGUCCCCGUCGUCCAGGGUGGUAUGCAAUGGGUCGGAUACGCUGAGCUCGCCGCCGCCGUCAGCAACGCUGGUGGUCUUGGAAUCCUCACUGCCCUCACCCAGCCGACUCCCGAAGACCUGCGCAAGGAAAUCCGCCGAUGCCGUGGCAUGACCAAGAACCCCUUCGGUGUGAACCUGACGCUCCUCCCCGCCCUCGUGCCACCUGACUAUGGCGCCUACGCCCAGGUAAUCAUCGACGAGGGCAUCAAGAUCGUUGAGACCGCAGGAAACAACCCGGGCCCUGUCAUCAAGCAGCUCAAGGCCGCCGGCGUCACUAUCCUCCACAAGUGCACGACUAUCCGACACGCCAAGUCAGCUGUCAAGCUGGGAGUUGACUUCCUUUCGAUCGAUGGCUUCGAGUGUGCAGGCCACGUUGGCGAGCACGAUAUCACAAACUUCAUCCUCCUGAACCGCGCGCGUCAGGAUCUAGGCGGCGUGCCGUUCAUCGCGUCCGGUGGGUUCGCCGACGGGUACGGACUCGGUGCGGCGCUGGCGUUGGGCGCCGAGGGUAUCAACAUGGGAACGCGGUUUAUGUCUACGGUUGAGGCGCCGAUUCACCAGAAGGUGAAGGAGGCCAUCGUGAAUGCGGAAGAGACAGAUACUGCUCUUGUGAUGAGACGGUGGACGAACACCACGCGGUUGUUCUCCAACGAGGUGACGAAGCAGGCGCUCAAGGUCGAGAAGGAGAGCAAGUCUGGAGAGUUUGCCGAUAUUGCGCCAUAUGUUAGCGGGAAGCGCGGAAGGGAGGUCUUCCUGAAUGGUGAUAUUAACUUUGGUGUGUGGACGGCUGGCCAGGUUAUUGGUGUUAUCCAUGAUAUCCCUACCUGCAAAGAUCUUCUGGAUCGCAUCGAGAGGGAGGCAGCAGAGACGCUGAGCAGGUCACAGUCGUUGUACAAGGCAACGCCGCAAAGCAAGCUCUAGAUGGCUGGGUUUUUUUUGUUUAAUUAGUUUCUUUUGUAGAGCUAGAACCGCAUACAACUUGAUGCAAUAUUAUGUGAAUAUUGACGAGGG